CGCAAGUGAAGCGAACACACACAAGUUUACACCCAAGCAACUAAUUACACACAAAGAUGAAUCCGGCAGAGUUCACGGACAAGACCAACGAGUAUCUGCGCAAUGCACAGGACAUGGCGGAGGAGUUGGGCCACUCACAGCUCACACCGUUGCACGUGGCCUACGCGCUCUUCGACGACCAUAACGGCACGGCCAAGCGCGUGGCCGAGCUAGUGCACGGUAACGUGGCUGGCUUUAAGCAGGACGUGAUGCUUCAGCUCAAGAAGCUGCCCAAGCAGACCCCAGCGCCCGAGUCCGUCGGAGCCGACUCGGCGCUCAUGAAGAUGCUAAAGUAUGCACACAAGAUGCGCAAGGACAUGAAGGACACGCACUUGGCGGCCGACCACUUGGUCGUGGCGCUCUACAACAACUCACAGGUCGCCGGUCUUCUCAAAAGCAACCAGAUGGACGAGAACCAAGUCAAGGACGCUGUGCAGAAGAUCCGAGGUGGACGACCGGUCACCAGUGCUGCAGCAGAGGAAAACUACGACGCACUCAACAAGUACGGCCAGAACUUGAUCGAACUGGCUGAGGCUGGUAAGAUCGACCCUGUGAUCGGUCGAGACGAGGAGAUUCGACGAGUGAUCCGCAUCCUGUCGCGACGAACGAAGAACAACCCCGUGCUGAUCGGCGAACCGGGAGUGGGUAAGACGGCUAUCGUGGAAGGACUGGCCCGUCGUAUUGUGGUGGGCGAUGUACCUGACUCGCUCAACUGCAAGUUGGUCAGCCUGGAUAUGGGCGCUCUGAUUGCCGGUGCAAAGUACCGUGGCGAGUUUGAGGAGCGUCUGAAGGCGGUGCUGAAGGAGGUGAAGGACAGCGAUGGCAAGAUUAUCCUGUUCAUCGACGAGAUGCACUUGAUCCUCGGAGCUGGGCAGACUUCGGGUGCUAUGGAUGCUGCCAACCUCCUGAAACCCAUGCUAGCACGAGGAGAGCUGCGUUGCAUUGGUGCGACGACGCUGGACGAGUAUCGCGAGCACGUGGAGAAGGACAAGGCGUUCGAGCGUCGUUUCCAGCAGGUUAUGGUGAAGGAGCCGUCAGUGCCGGACACAGUGAGCAUUCUGCGAGGCUUGAAGGAACGAUACGAGUCGCACCACGGCGUGCAGAUCAUGGACGCGGCUCUGGUUGCUGCUGCCAAGCUCGCUGACCGCUACAUCAAGGAGCGAUUCAUGCCCGACAAGGCCAUCGAUAUCGUCGACGAAGCGUGCGCGAAUGUUCGUGUCCAGUUGGACAGCCAGCCUGAGGUGAUUGAUGAACUGGAGCGUCGACAGCUGCAACUUCAGGUCGAAGCCACGGCGCUUGCGAAGGAGAAGGAUGCCAUGAGCAAGCAGCGUCUGAAAAAGGUGCAAGAAGAGCUAAACGAGAUCCAAGACGAGCUCAGUCCGCUGAUCCUGCGUCACGAGGCCGAGAAAGCCCGUGUGAAUGAGAUCCGUCAACUUCGCGAGAAGCUGCAGCACCUGCAGCUGAAGGCUGAACAGGCUGAGCGUAACCAGGAUCUGCAGACUGCUUCUGACCUGCAGUAUUACGCCAUCCCUGAUGUCAAGCGUCGUAUUGCUGCCGCAGAGGAAGUGAAGAAGCGCGAGGAUGAAGACGAGAUGCAGCACAAGAUGGUCGAGGAAGUUGUUCGUGAAGACCAGAUCUGCGAGGUGGUGGCCCGUUGGACUGGAAUCCCAGUCUCCCGUCUGACGUCGAGUAUGGGCGACCGCCUCAUGCAUCUGGACGAGCGUCUCCACAAGCGUGUGGUCGGCCAAGACGAAGCAGUGAAGGCAGUGUGCGACGCAGUACUCCGUUCGCGUGCAGGUCUCGCUCGCUCUGGACAGCCGACGGGCAGCUUCUUGUUCCUAGGCCCAACAGGUGUUGGUAAGACGGAGUUGGCGAAGGCUCUCGCGUAUGAGCUGUUCGACGACGACAAGCACAUGGUGCGCAUCGAUAUGAGCGAGUACAUGGAAGAACACACCGUCUCCAGACUCAUUGGCGCACCUCCAGGAUUCGUCGGAUACCAGGAAAGUGGCCAGCUAACGGAAGCUGUGCGUCGCAAUCCGUACAAUGUGGUGCUGUUGGAUGAGAUCGAGAAGGCUCACCCGAAGGUGCUGAACAUUCUGCUACAAGUGCUGGACGAUGGGCGCCUUACGGACUCGCACGGACGCACAGUUGACUUUGCCAACACGGUGAUUAUCAUGACAUCAAACAUCGGCGCAGAGCACCUUCUCUUUGAGAACAGUUUGUCACCUCGUGCCAGCAAGAAGAUCAAGACGGAGAACGACUUCGUGAAUACCGAGAACGAGGCCAAGCGCGUGUUCGCCAACCAGCGGGAGUUGGUGCUGCAGCAGUUGCGCCGCACUGUUCGUCCCGAGCUACUGAACCGUCUGGACGACAUUGUCGUGUUCGAGCCGCUGGGUCGCAACGAGUUGCGCCAGAUCGUGAUGCUGCAGUUCGAGUCGGUUAUCAACCGUCUCAAGGAAUCGCAGAUCUCGGUGAACGUGACGACGCCGGCACUCGAUGUAAUCCUGGACGAGUCAUACGAACCGCAGUACGGUGCGCGACCCAUCAAGCGAUACAUCGAGAAGCAUAUCGUCACCGACUUGAGCAAGCUCAUCAUCUCUGGCCAAUUGCACGCCAAGAGCCACGUGAAAAUCGCCGCGAACUGUGGGAAGCUCUCAUUUGACGUCUCGCAGCCCAUGGACGCCGACGUUGAGAUGGCUCCGUAAGCAGAGGAAGUUGACUCAUUAUUUAGAUAUUUGCAGACGUUGUAAUGUUUUUAUACACAUUGUUUUAGUAAAAACAAACUGUUUUCAAUGAAUACCUUUUAAGUAAUAA